AAUGGUUAUGAACUGCCUGGUUGGGUUGCUGGUGGUGUGCGUGGGACUUGUUCAAGGAAGCUCGGAGCUCAUCUUAGGAAAGGCCCGGAAAGAAGUGAAUCUGAACUGUACCGGAGAAAAUGUUACCUGGAAGAAAAAGGAAAACAUCUCCUCCAUUGAGUUCAAGAAUCUUGAGAAAGACGACAACUUGGUUCGGUCUGGGAACGUGCUGACCAUCAAAAGGCUGGUUGACGAGAACCUCGGGAUCUACGGGUGCUUUGACCAGGAGGACAAUCUCAUCAAGGAGUUCGACGUAGCGCUUGUCUUCAGAAUGAAGAAGCUUCCCUUGUCUGUUGCUGUAGAUAUCGGUGGAAAUACUAAAGAAGAUAUCAAAUGCGUUGUAACGGGAGUCCAUGAGGUUGAAUUCCGUUGGUUUACCCGACCUGAAAUGUCUGAACCUGAAAGUGAGUUGACCCCACUGUGUGGAGUAGUUAACGAUAAUUGUCCAGAGGAGAUUAGACCAAACACUGAGGAGGUUAAAGAUUCUAAGAAAUCCACGACUCCGAAGCCUGUCCUGCCACUCCUGGAACGAAUCACCAUCACAAACGGCAUUGGUGAGGAAGGAGAAGUGUACUCCCUGCUCCAGGUAGAUAAUGCUCAGCUGACGGAUAGAGCUGUUUAUUCCUGCCGAGCUAUUGCUGUUGAUAAUAAGGAUGUGUUGAAUAUCAACUGUGAAGAUGAGAUCUACUGUGAGGAAUCUGAGACUAUUCUCCGUGUGAAAGAUCCUCUAGCUGCUCUCUGGCCCUUUAUUGGGAUUGUCGCGGAGGUCAUUGUUCUCUGUCUUGUUAUCUUUAUCUGUGAGAAAAGGCAAAAGGAGGGGAAGGAGGAUGAACCAGAAGAUGAUAAUGGGUAUGCAGGGAAUAAUCUGUCUUCCAACAGCAGCUUGAGACAGCGGAAAUAAAUAAUCAGCCUUGAACAGUUGGCCGUUUAAAGCUAGCAGCCUGAUCCUGGACCAGUUAGCUGAUAAUAGCUAUCGGCUUGAUCCUGGACCAGUUAGCCAGCUUGAUCCUGGACCAGUUUGCUUAUUAUUGCUAUCAGCCUGAUCCUGGACCAGUUAGCUGAUUAAAGCUACCAGCCUGACCCUUGACCUGUUAGCUGAUUAAAGCAAUCAGCCAGCUAGCUGAUAAAAGCACGACUAGCAAGCUGAUUAAAAGCCUUCAAUCCUAUGCUAAUUUAUCAAUUAUCAUAAAACAAAUUUACUUAUCAUCCCUAAACUAUCAGUUCAAUUAUAGUAACUUAACUAAUGAUUAUUUGAACUAGUAUG